AUGGCUGCAACAGUGAGUCAGCAGCUCACCCAGGAGCCAGCAGCUCAGGCUUGGCGUUGGCUGGCUCUGCUCAGUGAGUCCUGCAGCUGCCCCGGCCGGCUCUGCAGCACCCCACCUCGGCCCUGCGGCUGUCUGGGGAAUGGCGUGGCUCCUCCCUGUCAUGAUCUAAAUGUGCAGUCAUUUGUGACGCUGAAGAUUUCCCUGCAGAUGGAGCUGCUGGUGCCAAGGUCAGAGAAGGGGGUUGUGCCUGUGCACAUUCGCUUUGGUCUGCAGAACAAGACUGUACUCCCAGCACCAGAGCUCAUCGGGAAGAUGUACAUUCAACAGGUUGGGACAGGGGAUGUAGGCCAUACUCCCCAGCAACCAACCUACUUCCUGCUUGCGGAAAUAGUUGAGCAAAGUGAGAAGGUUGGGAAGAAGGCAGGCCUCCAGAACAUUGAGGCUCCAAAACAUUGGAUGCUGGAUAAACUGACUGGUGUGUUUGCCCCUUGUCCAUCUACCGCUUCCCACAAGCUGAGAGAAUGUCUGCCCCUAAUCAUUUUCCUAAAGAGCAGAUUUAAGUAUGCCCUAACAGGAGAUGAAAUGAAGAAGAUUUGCAUGCAGCAUUUCAUUAAGAUCAAAGGCAAAGUCCACACCAAUACAACCUACCCUACUGUUUUUAUGAAUGUCAUCAGCGUUGAUAAGAUUGGAGAGAAUUUUCAUUUGAUCUAUGACACCAAGGAUCGCUUUGCUGUUCAUUGUAUUGAGAGACAACCUUUCAGUAUUAUACCUGAGGAGGCCAAGUAUAAGUUGUGCAAAGUAAGAAAGAUCUUUGUGGGGAUAAAAGGAAUCCCUCAUCUGGUGACCCAUGAUGCUCGCACUAUCCAUUACCCCAAUCCCCUCAUCAAGGUGAAUGACACCAUUCAAAUUGACUUGGGGACUGGCAAGAUUACUGAUUUCAUCAAAUUUGACACUGGUAACCUGUGCAUGAUGAUGGGAGGUGCUAACCUGGGAAGAAUUUGUGUGAUUACCAACCGGGAAAGACAUCCAGGCUCUUUUGAUGUAGUUCACGUGAAAGACGCGAAUGGCAACAACUUUGCCACAUGGCUCUCGAACAUUUUCAUUAUUGGCAAAGGUAACAUACGGUGGAUCUCUCUUCCCCGUGGAAAGGGUAUUUGCCUUACCAUUGCUGAGGAGAGAGACAAGAGACUGGCAGCCAAACAGAGCAGUGGAUAAAAUGAUCUCUAUGUGAUGUGAUUGGAAAAGUCUUUGUACUUAAUUAAAGAUAAUACCAAGUGAUUAAUAAAAAAAA